GUGGCAAUAUCUCUGGCCAGGGACUGUUUCUCAUCAAAUUUCCUGGUCUUCAACUCCUGAGAGAGAAACCUGGGAUGGCUGAAAUACCACUGACUCCAUUUCCUGCAAUCUGCCCACCAGGACUAGAAUAUCUUCUAAAGAUGGAUUGCCUUCUGAUUCAUCAGCAGUUGGAACUAAUGGAAGCCCUGUUUGGAUUUGAGACCAACAACAAAUAUGAAAUUAAGAACAAGAUUGGCCAACAGAUCUACUUUGCCACUGAAAAGUCUAACCUCUGCUGCAAAAUAUUCUGUGGGGCAAAGCGGUCUUUCAAAAUUAAUAUCGUGGACAAUAUGGGGACUGAGGUAAUACGCAUGAGGCGGUCUGUGCGGUGUGGCAGCUGCUGGUGUCCGUGCUGUUUGCAAAAGUUGGAAGUGCAAGCACCACCCGGUGAGCCUGUAGGAUACAUUGUCCAAAAAUGGCAUCCAUGCUUGCCGAACUUUGUUAUUCAAGAUGAAAGCGAAGACGCUGUUUUGAAGAUCCGUGGUCCAUUCUGCCUUUCUAGCUGUGGCCGUGCAACUAACUUUAAGAUUAAAAACCUUGAUGCGUCUAAAACAAUUGGAAAUAUUGCAAAGAACUGGAGUGGAUUAUUUACUGAAGUUCUCACAGAUGUAGAUAACUUUGAGGUCAACUUUCCAAUGACGUUGGAUGUCAGGAUUAAAGCCACCCUGAUGGGCGCCUGCUUUUUAAUUGAUUAUAUGUACUAUGAAACCGGACCGCGCUAAGAAGCGGCUGAUUGGAAUGUGACAGAUAGAAAAAAAUACAGCCUGAGGAUCAAGUACAUCGUGAAGCUAUUUCAAGAGUAUUUUUUUCCCAUUACUGAUGGAUCUGCCAUUCCCAGAGGACAUUACUUAUAAUGUCCUUUCUCGUUGAAAAUUUUUGACUUUGACGUCUAGUAAGGUUGAAAUCCAGUCUUUGUAUAAAGCUCACUGAACAGCUCCAGGCAAACUUGCCUCUUUAACAUACAUAAUCUCUUUUGCAACAUAAUGCUUCAAAAGAAAUGUAGAACAAAGCACCAGUUUGUGCAAAGUGUUAGAAUAUGGUCCUUUCAUGCUUUGAAUCUUUGCUUAAAAUUCUGCUCUAUUCUUCUUUUUCUGUUAGAAAGGUCUUUUCUCAGUCAGAUACUUUAACUGACCACUUCCAAAUGGGCCUGUGUCUGCCACUCAAAAUCACUUACUCAGGACAAAAACAGGCAUUAAGGUGUCUUUAACGCGGGUGCCCUUUGGGUUUUCUGGUGGAAGAAGCGGAGACUCGCUUUAGUUCAUGACGAGUGGAAGCAUAUUGGUGUGGCAGUGUAAAGGGAGCUUAACUCUGCAACCUAAGCUGCACAGCACCUGACUGAGAUUGUCUGGUUCUUAAAUGGUGUGUAAGAACUGGGAGUUUGUUCCAUUCUCUAGCGUGGUCAUACUUUGCUUUAAUGAGUGUCAAAGCUCAACCAACAAAUACAUAUUAAGUAAUACCCUCCAGGAAAGGCAGAUCCAUAACUGUUGGGAAACAUGGAUAGAAACUCAAAAGAAUGAAGAUUUUUAAGGUUAAAAAAAUACAUGUUGAUUCAACAAAAUUACAACACAUACCCCUUAAUAUAUGGUCAGUGGUCUAAGCAGAUCAAUCUUUGUCCGUUCUGGUGGCAUUUUGUAGGAUUAUAUGGUUUAUAUGACACAGAACAGGCUAUUCAGCCAGCCAGUCCAUGCCAGUGUUUACAUUCCACAUGAGCCUCCUCCCAUCUUUCCUCAUCUAAGCCUAUCAUCAUAAUUCCCUAUUCUAUUCUCCAUCACCUGUUUUGCUAGAUUCCUCUUGAAUGCAUCUAUGCUAUUCACUUCAACCAAUCCCUGUAGUAGCAAGUUCCACACUCUCACUACCCUUUGGGUAAAGAAAUUGCUUCUGAAUUCCCUGUUAGAUAUGGAGAACAUUAUUGGCAACACCAGGAGAUUAGGUUACUUACACUUUCCUAUCAGAUGCAUGAGCUAUAUGCUUGAUGUGUGCGAGGAAGAAGGCACUGAGGGGAGAAGGAGACCCAGUAUGGAGGUGGGGGAGAGAGAGAGGGGAGGUGAAUGCUGACUUACGAGGCCAUGCUAGCUUGUUAUCAAAAACAAUGACCUGCUGAAGGACUCCAGGAUGAAUGGAACAUGCGGUGUACUUGUGACUGAAUCAAAUGGAUAAUUUAGUGAAACCUUGGUUCAAUCCAAGACCUUAAAAAAUCCAAACCAAUUUCAUAUUUGUAGUGUAAACAUGUCAACAAACCUUGACAUUCAAAGUUAAAUUUGUUGUCCCUAAUAUGAUGGCGCUAUUGAAUUCCCACUUGUUUCAGUUUAUUCGGAAGCCGAUACUAUGGGCCUAGUAAUGUUGGAUUGGAAUGCUAGGAGGCUUCUUCAUGAACGACACAGUACUAAAUAAAUUGGAUAGUCCUCUCUGUAUUUUAAGAACUAUCACACUGAUGGUAACUUACUGUUUGAGCAGAAUUGUAAUUUUAAUUGAUAUGUGACUAGUGCAAAUUGGGAUUCCUAUUGCCUUUGUGAAAUAUUACAUGCUGUUUGUUACAUGCUGAACGAUACAACAGUUAUAUUGAUUUUGAAGCUUUCUUAAAGAAGUGAAUAAUAAAGGCACCAAGUAGAUGAAA